AUGGCCUACGUCGCCGUCGCAAAGGCACUCUACGACUACACAGCUCAAGACCCAGAAACAGAGCUCUCACUCAAAGAAGAUCAGAUCGUCUAUAUCAUAGAGAAGGAAGACGACGAUUGGUGGAAAGCGAAACUCAAAGAGACUGAUGGAAAUCAAGGCGCUAUCGGUCUCAUCCCACAGACUUAUGUAGAAGAGGUACAUCCAUCCAUCCAUCCAACCGCGAACCAAGCUGACUUAUCAAAGAUCCCAGUACUUCAUACUACCCGUGCCAUCUACGCAUACGAAUCUACCUCACCCGAGGAACUAUCUUUGGACGAGGAUGCCGUCCUCCACGUGUAUUCCAUUGAAGAUGAUUGGCUCCUAGUCCGUAUCGAUGGAGCUUCACCCAAAUUAGGUUUUGUUCCCCGAACGUACUGCGAGCCGUUCGACGAAGCUUCCCAAGUGGAUGUCGAGGACGCUGCUCAGGCCGCCGCCGAAGUCGAGGCAGCCCGACAAAACGAGGCCGAGGCAGCUAAACAACGCGAAGUGGCGGAGAGACAACGACAACUGAAGCUAAAGGACAAGGUGGAAACAUGGAGUAUCAGCGAAAUGGAUGGUAAGAAGAAGAAAAAGGGUACUCUGGGAGUUGGCAAUGGUGCUGUAUUCUUUGCUUCAGAUACGGAUAAGCUGUCACCUGUCAAACAAUUGUCAAUCACAGACCUUGCUCAUGUUUCUCAACCUUCAUCGAAAAACCUCGAACUGACAUUCUCCACACUUUCCGAACCUCUCCUUUUCCAUUGUGGCUCUUCCGAUGCGGCAAAAGCAAUAGUCGCCAAGCUCGAGGCCAGCAAGGCUGCCGCAGGAGAAGCGUUACAAAUGAUCGAAGCCGAGUCACAUGUCGAAGCUUCAGAUGAGGAGCCUGAACAUCCUGUCACCGAGGCAAAGGCAGUACGCUUUGCCGCUGAACCUUCUGCACAAGCACCUGCAGCGAAUGGUCAUGGUGAGGCCGCGACGGUCUUAUACGACUUUGAUGCUCAAGGCGAGGACGAGCUAAGUGUGCAUGAGAACGAAUUCGUGACUGUGGUUGACAAAGAGAAUGAUGAGUGGUGGGUGGUCAGGAAUCAGGCGGGACAUGAAGGUGUCGUACCAGCUCAAUAUGUACAAAUAGGCGACGGCCCCGCAGCGACUGGGGCUGAGACGGAUACUGAGGAUGAAGAAGAAGAAGGAAGACGACAAGAGGAGGCAGCAGCGGCAGCAGCCGCUGCUUUGGAAGCUGAAAGGCGGGAGGCGGCACAAAGACAGGCCGAACAACGGUUAGCGAUUGAGAAGGCUGCAAGGGAGAAGCAACGACAGGAAGAAGAGGAUAGACAAUUGGCCUUGCAGAUGGAAGCGAAGCAGAGGGAGAAGCAGGAGAAACGGGAGAGACGUAGGCAGGAAGAACUUCAGAGACAGCAGGAGGAAGAGGCCGAGAGAAGACGUGAGGCUGCCAGAAGGCUUGAACCUCCGAAGAUUGCAAAGCGACCAUCUGCCCAAAACGUGGCUGCUGCGGCUGCCAACCUACCCAGUAGAGGACGAGGCGCACCCGAACGUCCUCCUGACAAUAACCGACCAAAACCCAACUCAGGUCGGGUACGUGUAUGGAACGAUAAGACCGGCCAAUUCAAAGUUGAAGCUGAAUAUCUCGGUAUGAACGGCGCCAAAGUUCGCUUGCACAAGACCAACGGAGUCAUCAUCGAAGUUCCCGUGGAGAAAAUGUCGAAUGAGGAUACUCAAUUGAUCAAGAGACACGAAGCACGCAAGGCCCGAGCUAAAGCCGAAAUCCUGGACGACGAUGAUGUCCCACUGGCCAAAUCACCUAAUCGUCCACCGUCUCAACUUAUCCGCCCAACACAAUCGAGAGCCAGAGUAGAAGAACCGAUCCCUCCGGAAGCCAUGGUCAUGCCUCCUCCUCGUAAGAAGCAGUAUGAUUGGUUUGAAUUCUUCCUGAACGCCGGAUGCGACAUUGAUGAUUGUACUCGUUACGCGACCAAUUUUGAGAGAGAUAGGAUAGACGAGGCUCUUCUUCCUGACUUGGAAAGCAGUACAUUGCGAUCUCUGGGAUUGAAAGAGGGAGAUGUGAUCAGGGUCAAGAAGGCGAUUAGUAACAUGUUUAAAGAGAAGACACCUCAACAAUUAGAACAAGUAAAGAUCGACGAAGAGUAUGCUCGACAACUUCAAGAACAUGAAAAUUCCGGUGCGAAAGGACCUGUCCCUCAACCUCCUCCUGGUCUAUUUACUGGUCCUGGAGGGAAAUUAGCCAAUAACACAAGAAGGGGUAGACCAGAAAAGAAAUCAACAGGUCCAGAUUCAGUGGAUGCUUCUGCUUUAGCUUCCAUAUCUGAUCAAUUGAUAAAGACAUCGAUUAGUCCACCUCCUUCCGUACCUCCAGUCACUGUUAGUCCUCCACCUGCUCCAUCGAUACAACCUACUAAACCGCCCAAACCGACAAUUGGGUUUGACGAUGAUGCUUGGACCAUCAAACCGAGUAGUUCAAAACCUGCCUCACCAGCUCCUCCACCUACGACCAUCAGUACUUCUGCGUCUACAUCGAAUGGAACGGAAUCAUUACUUGCUCAAAUCCAAGCGCUUCGACCGGCCAGUACCGGCGUUUCAGCUAAUAAUACUGGUAAUUCUCAAUUUGACCGUUUGGCACAAUUACGUGCUCAACCACAACAAGCGUCCCCUCUUCCACAACCUGUUCAACAGUUUCAGAAUGUUCAACAACCUCCGCAAGUUCAACCCCAAUUCCAACAACCGAAUCAAUCUUUCCAACCUCAAUUUCAACAACUCUCUCCCGCUCAGACAGGUAUACAAGGAGGGUAUACGCCAUCACCCUAUGGUCUGGGCGUACAAAAUACCGGACAACCAAUGUCGAAUUUAUUAGGAGCUAGAGGUCCGGUGGCUCCCGUACCGGCUAAUCAAGGUUUGUUAAAUCCUAUGCAGCCACAACAGACGGGAAUGUUUGUUCCCACUCGACCUGGUCAGAAUGGGUUGAUGCCUCAACCUACGGGGUUUCAGCAAGGUUUCCAACAGACGUAUGGGGGCCCAUCACAGCAAUUGCAAUUACAACCUCAGUCUAUUCAGCCGAACUUCACAGGUUAUCCAGGAAACUUCAAUCAACAAUCUCAACAAUCAUCAUUCAACGUCAUUGCAUCUAUUCCUCCUCCUCAACAACCACAGAAUCCUGACAAAUUCGCACCUAGUAAUAUCUUUGCGGCCAUGAAGAAGACAGACUUUGGGAGACCGGAGGAUGAACGGCCGCAGUCUUCGAACAAAUAUGACGCUCUCCGACCACUUACCACCGGCUACAACGGCGCGCCAGGAUUCCCUGUCUUACCUCAACAAACGGGAUUGAUGCCACAACAAACAGGGUUCGGGGUGUUAUCUCAACAAACGGGAUUUCAAGGUCAACAAUUUUAUCAGAACCCAUAUGGGUAUCGAUGA